CUGUCCCCGCCCCGUCCACUCCCACUUCCUGAGCCGCGCUGGAGCCCUGGAGGCCAGGCCCGGCCGCUUGGCCCCCGGGGGCACGUCGGCCCCCAGCCCCGUGCCCAGCCCCGGGCUGCCCACCACGUCCAGGCACUGAGCCUAUAGUCCCCUCAGGCCUGCCCCCCUGGCUGGACGGGCGGCCAUGGGCUUCCCCUGCGGCCUGGCCUGGGGGGCACUCUUGCUGGGCCUCUGCGGCCUCCUGGCGGCGUCCCCCACCGGGCUGGUGAGCCAGCAGCCCCUGCAGAAGGUGCUACCGUACCCCUCAGAGAACCAGACCUGCCAGCAGAAGGAAAAGGAGUACUACCAGCCCCGGCUGGGCAUGUGCUGCUCCCGCUGCCCUCCAGGCAAACACAUCCAAAGAGAAUGCCAGGUUGGCCAGGACACCGACUGCCAAGAGUGCAGCCCAAGCUCCUACAACGAGCACUGGAACCACCUCCUCAAGUGCCAGCUGUGCCGGCCCUGUGACCCAGUGCUGGGCUUUAAGGAGACGGCACCCUGCACCAAGCACCGCAAGACCCAGUGCCAGUGCCGCCCCGGGUUGGUCUGUGCGCCUCAGGACCCUGACUGUGGGCACUGUGAGCCCAUCCCAUGCCUGCCCGGCACGGAAGCCAGGCCCAGAGCUGAGAUGCCUGAAAGCCAGGUAUCAGACAACUACUGUGUUGCCUGCCAGGCUGGGUACUUCCAGAAUACCACGUCCCACAGUGCCCGCUGCAUGCCCCACACCAGGUGUGAGGACCUGGGCCUGGAGCUGGAAAUCCGAGGUACCCCCAAGUCUGACACAGUCUGCAAAAGCCCAGGACAGACACCUGAGAUGACAGGAGCCGCACUGCUGCUCGCUGUCCUGCUGCCCCUGGCCCUGUUGCUGCUGUUUGCUGCCGUCCUGGCCUGCACCUGGAGAACCCACCCCUCUCUCUGCCGGAAGCUGGGCACUCUACUCAAGAAGCACCCAGAGGUAACCAGGAGGCUGCAAGCUGGGGGGGGAGAGGCUGACACUGCAGAUGGAGUCUGGGAGCCCCCCAGGGCCAGCUCUCACUUCCCUGACCUGGUGAAGCCACUGCUGCCCCUGUCUGGGGAUGCGUCCCCCAUCCUGGCCGGCCAUCCUGCGGCUUCCCCUGUUGAGAAGGAGGUGCCACAGCAUCAGAGUCCUGCCAGGGACCAGGAGGCUGAGCCCCCGGAGCACGGCCAGGUGGCCCAUGCCACCAACGGCUUCCAUGUCACCGGCGGGUCUGUGACCGUCACUGGCAAUAUCUAUAUCUACAAUGGACCUGUACUGGGGGGAGCACGGGGUCCUGGAGACCCCCCUGCCACCCCAGAUCCUCCAUACCCUAUCCCAGAAGAGGGUGUUCCAGGUUCCUCUGAGCUGUCCACACCCUCCCAGGAAGAUGGCAAAGCCUGGCACCUGGCUGAAACAGAGACCCUGGGAUGCCAUGCUCUCUAGUCGGAUCAGGGACCCAGUCUGUCACUCAUGUCACCAGGGGAGCAUCUGAACAAAGCCAGGAGGAUGACUGCUCCAGAGCGCCUUGUUCCCAGCUGAGCCCCGGGCAGUGGGGCCUCCGACAGCUGUCCCAGAGCAGAGCGGGUGGCACUGACCAGGUACAGGGUCCACCAAGGACUCACCACGCCAGAGCCAGGCUGAGACUUUCUUGCAGACAACCCUGCCUGCCUGCCCUCGGGGACUGUGCCAGCUGGGCUUCAGACACAGGCAGGACACAUGCGUAACUGCCACCCAGCACAGCACUCUGCCCCCAAGCAUGGCACAGACAGUAGCUAGCCAGCUGGCUGCUCACAAGGCCAUCACCAGGACCUCUGACAGACUGAUUCUCAAGCCUCAGAAACCCUGGGAGGGCCCACCUGCUGCACAGCUGAGGUAGACUGUACAGGAUGACAGAGAUGCAUGCCGGACCCCCUUCCUCCUCCUAGAGAAAGAGAGUCGCCAGAAACCCAGGUGGGGAAGGGGGAGGGAGGGUUUCCGAAUAGGUAUAAGGGAAGGUUCUGGAGGGGGAGGAAACCAUCAAGUGUAUUUAUAAAGUAUAACCGCACACAAAUAAAGAGACCAUGUCCCAGA